GUCAGACACUUUCAGCAUUGAUGUUUGCGACGUGAAGUUGGUGUCGGAGGUGGGCGUGGGGCGUCGUUCAGGCCACCAGCUUACAUGUCCCAGCCAACGUCAGCAAUCUUAACAACUGAGCUACAUCGUAGGUCAGGAACUGCUUAAAUCUGUUCGAACUUCUCUCUAAUCCAGAGCGUCUUGCAAAGCGCGUAUUAACCCUCAGUUCAAGAAACUCAGGAACAGCUCAAGAUGUCUUCUCCAGCAACCCCAGUAGUCCUCAUCAUACCUGGCGGCUGGCACAAACCCCAAUCCUACAUAAAACUGCACGACGCACUUGGUUCCGCAGGUUUCAGAGUUUCCAUACCAGAGCUGCCCUCCACCAAUGGCUCUCGCCCACCGAAUGCAGAUCUAUCUGCCGAUACCGCGCACGUACGUGCCACUGUAGAAGAACUUAUCAAGCAAGGCGAUGAAGUAAUCGCCUUGAUGCACUCCUACGGCGGGCAAAUCGGCACCAAUGCCCUGUCCAGCUUUUCCAUCGCAAGCAGACAAAGAGCAGGGCUAAAAGGUGGCGUAAAAGACCUCAUAUACAUGAGCGCAUGCGCUGUAUCUGAAGGAAAGAGCAUGAUGGACAUGGUCCGGCACUUCGGCCACGAAUCACUUAUACCACUAGCCUUCGAUUUCGCAGAUGACAUGACGUGCGUGAGCCGCGAUCCCAAGUCUUUGCUUGUUGGCGCGGAUUGCGGGCUACCGGCUGGCGAGAUCGACAAGUAUGUUGACACCCUGGUACGCUGGAAUGGCCAGUGUAUGUAUGAUGUGCUCACGACUGACCGUUGUGCGUGGCGCGAUAUUCCGGUUACGUAUAUUCAUUCGGCGAAGGAUAUGACCACUCCGUACGAUUACCAGAAGUGGCUUGUGGAGGGUAUGAGGAAAGAGGGUGUGAGGAUGCAGACUGCGACAUUGGAGACGGGUCACUGUCCGAAUUUUACGGCGACGCAGGGUGUGGUGGAUGUUCUGCGGAAGGUGGCUGCUGGUGAGCAACUGGAAGACAAAAAAGAGGUGGAAGAGAUCGCAAGUACAGAGCGUGUGCAAGAUGCUAUUGCAGGCAUCGGAGCUGAGAAACCUUAGUGUCUAUGAGGGAUACUAAGCCAGGUCAUCCUCCGAAUCCAAUCAAGUCGCCAUCCUCCCAUUGUGACAGCUCUUCCGCCUUCUUUUCCCACUGAUUUAUGAACCAUAUUGGCCAAGUUCUCGCGCACUUGCCAUACCUCUGUCGGAGGUUCUUCGAGACUGUGUGAGCCGAAUGCAGGUACGUCGCUCUGAAAACGUCCCAGAGCUGCCUACAUCCCUCGCUUGUGACAGUCGGAUAGGGGAAGUAUGGAUCGUUGCAAGUCACCGCUGUGAUCAAUUGCUGAAUCGCGUCUUCGGGUCGUUCGAACGAACGUAGGGAGGCUUUGCCAAAGUCGAGGACGUAGAGGCGCGUGCGUGAUGCCUUAUGGAAUGGUCCUUCUCGUCUUGAGCUCAACUUGGAGACUGGUGCGCCUGGAAAUGGGAUUUCUUUGACAGAUGGGUGCUUCUGAGACAUGGUGAUAGUUGUGCCUAGAGGUAUUCGAGGUUUAUACUA